AUGUGGAUCUUAACUGGAUUCUGUAUUCUCCUUACCCUCGGCCGCUAUGCUAUCCGCUAUAGAGUUUCGCUUCGGUUCUACAAGGACGACAUAGCUCAUCUCUGUGCUCUCGGAUGGCUCAUUAUCUUUUGUACCAUCACCCAGGUCAUGUUUGGACCAACUCAUAUCAUGCUUCGAAGCCUUGAGCUUCAAACGCCGCCUCCACCAGCAACAAUAUCGCAGUUCUGUAGGCUACAAACAGCGCAAGGGGCUACAUUCUAUUUCCUUCACUGGACGGUUAAGCUCGCUUUCCUACUCUUCUAUCGAGACUUAUUCUGGGUUUCACGAUCAUUCAUUCGGGCUUGGUGGUGUGUUGCAAUUUUCGUUCUUCUGGGGUUGAGUGUUGCUAUUGCAGGUAUCAUAACCCAGCGUGGUCCGAUCAAUAGGAUGGAUGAUCCAGCUGUCUGUGCGACGCAUAACUCAUAUCAACAAAAGGCCCGCAUUUACAUCUGUGUCGCCAAUGUCAGCACCGACUUUGCCGUAAUGGUUCUUCCUCUCAGCGUAUUGCGGAAACUCCGUAUCCGAAAGACGCAGAAAUUAGGACUCGUGCUCGUAUUUUCUGUCUGUCUCCUGACAAUAGCGCUGGAGCUCUUUCGCUUUGUUCGAAACCUCACAGGCGAUGAUACGACGAAUAACGUGCUUUACGCAGUCGCUUUGGAAACUGUGGCAGAAGUCGAGGGCAAGAAUAUCAUCGGAUGA